CUUCAAGACAAUCACAAAUUUCUCUAAGUGAUGUUGCUUGGAUUUGAGAAAAAUUUAAAAGGCCGGCAGCCUUAAAUGCACAGACUUUUCUCAAAUGAAACGGAAACAUUGACUCUAUACGAUCAACAGAAAUGGUCACUUUCUAUUGUAAGCGCUGAAUGGGGGCCACACUUCAUGAGAAAAUCUAUUUGAUUGGGUUUUAUAGCAAAUAUACAACAACUAAUGACGUGUGCACACAUAUCGCUGGUGUGUCUUUGUUCUGAUUCAUUAAACCUACAUUUGUUACAUCUGAGACUGAAAAUCUUUAUACACUGUAUACUAUAGAUAAAAAAUUUAAGUGAGUUGGAAGUUUUGUACAUUUCAACUGGCAGCGGUACUUGGAAACUGACAUGUGCAACUCGAAAAUUGACGAAUUCAGACACGACAUGGCUUGAAACGUCAUGGGAGUUAAUCCACGUCUGUAUAUCAUGACGUCACAAUGGCCUUUAUGACGUUUUCGUAAUUGUUCUUAAUCGAAGCGACAAACAAAUACAAGAAGAAGAAAGAAGUGUUUCGUAUCAUGCUCUAAUUUGGAUGAAGCCGAGAUGAGUGAUCCGCCGGAAACUGAUUUGGAUUACUACUCCAGACCGGAGAACUAUACUGGCAGCAACCUUCAGUCUCUUCAGAAGUUUACGUAUGCCAAACAGAAACAAGACAAAGCUCAGAAUGAUUUGAACAAGAAGGCAAAAAAGAAGAAGAGUGGCUUUGAUCUCUUCGCCCGAUACAAACAUAUUUUGAAAGGAUACGUCUCAGACGAAGAGGAGGAGGAAGAUGAAGAGGAAGACGAUAAAGGAGCGGAAGAUGAUAAGGAAGACUCUUCCAAAAAAUCCAAAUUUGAGAAGAUAAAAGAGGAAUGUGAGGAAACAGACAAAAGUGUAGAGGAGAAAAGGGACACGAAAAAGACUGAUCAAAGUGUUCAGCAAGUCGAAGAGUUAAAACCGGAAUCCCUAGUGUCGGAGUCGAGAAGGAGGUCAACGGACACCACGAGUCCGUUUCCAUUCGGACCAGAGUCCACCCCUUCUCCUCGUGGUAGCAUCACUAGUACGUCCCCUGUUCCACCUAAACCUAGGGGACAGCCAGAUGCAUCUGGGGGAAGGUCAUCGGUGUCCCUUCGUUUUACCAAACAGCAGCAGAUAGCCAAAGAGUUGCAGGCAAAGGCACUACGAGAAAAAUUUAGAAAGGCCAUUUUUUGGGUGAAAAUUGCUCUAAAAUUUUCCAGUUCCGCCUCUGGAAGUGACCCCAGUGAAGGUAUGAAGACCUUUAUGGAUAUUUCCAGUGAGGUGGAAUCAUCCAGCAUGAAAAACUCCGGGCUUUCAUUUGACCCCAACUACUUCAAAGCGAACAAAGAGAUUAAUCUUAGUUCGGAGGUUAAAGGAAUCCUUAGUCUGCCCUCGGAACAGCGGACACCUGAACAAGUGCAAACGGCUAUGUUUGGAUUACAGAUCAUGCGUUCCUUUGCCGAAUACCCGCUUCAUAUGCAAGAAAAAUUAGCUAAAGUGGCAUAUUUUGAAGUUGUGCCACCCAAACGAAUCAUUAUUAGACAAGGCCAUUUUGCAGAAAAUUUCUAUUUUAUUGUCUCUGGCCAAGCCGUUGUUACCCUUCUAUUGAGAGACCCAAAGACAGGGGCAUCCUUCGUCAAAACCGCCACCAUCAUGAGGCGAGGAAUGAGUUUUGGGGAGCUGGCGCUACUUCACCACUCUCGCCGUACCGCCACUGUCACAAGUCAGGGUGAGGUCCAGCUACUGACCGUGGGGAGGGCUGAUUUCUUCGACAUAUUCAUGAGUGGGGCCGGACCUGACGAGAUCCCGGAACACAUCAAGUUCAUCAGCACUUGCGAUUUUAUGAAAGAUUGGCCUCUAGAGCAAUUAUUAGAACAUCCAGAGCACUGCCUUCUGCAUUUCUUUAAAAGAAAUGUGGUUAUAGUUAGGGAUAGCACUAGUUCGGAAUGGCUGUAUGUUGUCAAAUCGGGAUAUUGCCAAGUACUGAAACAGCUUAAAGGCGUGACACCCAAAAUAGGCUGGAAGGCAAAGCCAAAUCAGAGCAAUGUGGACCUACCGACGCUGGACACCCCUCUACCAGGUCCAAAAGUCGAUACUUGGAGAAGGAAAAGGCGAAAAGUCAAGUCUGCUGGUGAAAAACGGGAUAAUGAAGAGAACGAGGAACCGGUGACGGUACCACAGGCUAUUCCGGGACCUUCUACUAAAAAGUUUUCCAAAGCAGAAUACUCACGAAAUCCUGUCACUCAAAAGGCUCAUCUGUCUCCUUUAAAAAUGUCAAAAAAUGAGACAAAAAAGAAAUAUGAGGUCCCAGAAAGAUGCAGACCUCCCAAACCAAAGGAGGCCCCUAAAGACCCCACCCCCAGUAAACCUCCCCCAGUCUUUGUCCAAGUCGGCGGUCUCAACCCAAAGGAAGUGUUUGGACUAGAGACAAUACAGUUUGAAGACUCUGUGGAGAACCCAAAGACUGUGGUCACUCUGGUUUCUAGAGGAGCAGAAUGCAUAAUGCUGAACAAGGAGUUCUUUGCCAAAAACGCCAAUGAAAAGGUUAAGAAAUUAAUACGUCAUCAGGUGCGGCCGUACCCAGAUGAAGAUACUUUCCAAAACAACUUACAAAUUAAAGAGGACUGGGAGUUAUACAAACGGAACCUCAUUGUUGACUUAACUAGUCACUAAACGUUAUUUUAUUAGGACAAUUCAAUCAUAAUAAUGUUAUUUAUCAAAGCAUUGUUUUUGCAAUAAUGUUCUGAAUCGUUUUGAACAUUUGGAUGAGUACGUUGUUAUAAACGUAUUCAUUGUUAUCUGUGAUACCGAAGUGACGGUCAUUUCAUUGUUCUGAUUUGUUGAAACUGUUUACAAUUAUUUCUUUGCAAGAUUAAUUUACCGUAAGCUUACUACAAUUAUAUGAUAUAUUCAACUACAUGUAUUAAAGGUUAUCAAA